CCGCGCUGCGGCCGCUCCCCUCCGGACCGCUGCGGGCACCACAGCAGCGACCGGGGCUGCCCGGCGGGAGGUGGGGUGGGCUCCCUGUGCAAAGCGCUGGCUGGAACGUGAAGGCAGACAGUCUCUCCUAUCCGCACCUUUCCCUCGCCAUCACGGGGCGAAGGGGAUUGAGUCCGGGGCGGGGCGGAGGCGGUGCCUCCCGCUCCACACCUCAGGAACUCUGGUGACAGCCCGCACCGGGCGGGGAGGCGGCGCCUUCUCGGUAAUGGCGGCACGGAGCGCGGCGUGAGGGUCCCGCAGAUUCGCCACUACCGCUUCCGGCCUCCACCGAGCACGGCGCGGUGCGGAGAAGGGCUCAGCCCGGCCCAGCGGGGGCUCCGGAACGAGCGGGGGAGGCCAAACCGCCUCCGCCUUCAAAAAGAGACUCCAGCAGCGGCGGCGUGUCGAAAGUGCGGAGCGCAGCGCGCAGGCGCUGUCCUCGCCGCCGCCCCGGCCUGGUGAGGAACAAAGGGAGCGCGGCCGGAGCGGAAGUACAAAUAUAAUGUCAGGUGGCUGAAAAUUUGCCUAUCAAAAUGUCAAAAAGGCCAUCUUAUGCCCCACCUCCUACCCCAGCUCCUGCAACCCAAAUGCCCAGCACACCAGGGUUUGUGGGAUACAAUCCAUACAGCCAUCUGGCCUACAACAACUACAGGCUGGGAGGGAACCCGGGCACCAACAGCCGGGUCACGGCUUCCUCUGGUAUUACCAUUCCAAAGCCCCCCAAACCCCCAGACAAGCCCCUGAUGCCCUACAUGAGGUACAGCCGGAAGGUCUGGGACCAAGUGAAGGCGUCCAAUCCCGAUUUGAAGUUAUGGGAAAUUGGCAAGAUUAUUGGAGGAAUGUGGCGAGAUCUCACUGAUGAAGAGAAGCAAGAGUAUUUGAAUGAAUAUGAAGCUGAAAAGAUAGAGUACAAUGAGUCCAUGAAGGCCUACCACAACUCUCCUGCAUACCUGGCCUACAUCAACGCCAAGAGCCGUGCAGAGGCUGCGCUGGAAGAGGAGAGCCGCCAGAGGCAGUCACGCAUGGAGAAGGGGGAGCCCUACAUGAGCAUCCAGCCUGCAGAGGAUCCUGAUGACUAUGACGAUGGGUUUUCCAUGAAGCACACGGCCACAGCUCGUUUCCAGAGGAACCAUCGUCUCAUCAGUGAGAUCCUGAGCGAAAGCGUGGUUCCCGAUGUCCGCUCUGUGGUCACCACAGCUAGAAUGCAAGUUCUGAAACGCCAGGUUCAGUCUUUAAUGGUUCAUCAGCGUAAACUGGAAGCUGAGCUUCUGCAAAUUGAAGAGCGUCACCAGGAAAAGAAGAGGAAGUUUCUGGAAAGCACAGAAUCCUUUAACAACGAGCUCAAAAGGUUAUGCAGUUUGAAGGUGGAAGUGGAUAUGGAAAAAAUUGCUGCUGAAAUUGCUCAGGCGGAGGAACAGGCUCGCAAGAGGCAGGAGGAAAGGGAAAAAGAAGCAGCUGAGCAGGCAGAACGCAGCCAAAACAACAUCGCAGCUGAGGAAGAACAGGCAGCUAACAAGGCAGAGGAGAAGAAAGAAGAGGAGAGUGCUCCAAUGGAGACAGAAGAGCCUCACCCAGAAGAGAGCACAGAAACCCAGCAGAACGGAGAAGAAGGAACAUCCACCCCAGAUGACAAGGAGAGUGGCCAAGAAGGGGGCGACAGCACCGCAGAGGAGGGAACCAGUGACAGCAACACUGGUUCUGAGAGCAACAGCGCGACAGUGGAGGAGCCUCCUGCGGACCCCAGCGCCGAGGACAGCGAGAAGAAAGAAUAAAUAUUGACUCACUUCAUGUGUCUCUUUAAGGAAGUUCUAGUUUGGUUUCAACAUGUGCUACGUGGCUUUUGUAUCUUCCCUGCCUGUAUCCCUUGUUCCCAAAGGAUACUGGGCUUCAGUAACACAUCACAUUACCAGCAAAGUGACGUCGAGGGGCCUUCAGCACAGGGUGGCUUAAAGCAGACAGAAAACCUAUUAAAAAUACAGAGAGGUCCUUCCUAUUGCUUGGGAUUUCUCCCCUUGAAGGACAGGUCUGGUUUUGGUUUUUACAUUACAAAUCAGCCCUUCUACUGUUCUACUUACAUGACCGCGGUGAGGAGGCCUUUCUCAAAGGCCCUUUUUGGCUGUUUGUGGCUGAAAUGUGAUGCUGAUGGGCCUCCCCUCUCUCUGGGCCCCUCCUGAGGAGCUUGGCUCUGUCCUGAUACAUCAGCUUACUGCACCACGACCCGGAGCAUGUCCUCGAUCUCACAAAACCAACCCCCCAGCAGCCCCACUGCUUCGUUCUGGCCAGCCAGGACCCAGCUCUUUAGAGAAUGCUUUUGCUACUCGUGAGUGCUCCUAAGUCAGGCCAAUGGGCCCUGUCUUGGGGGGGGUUUUGGUGCAAGAGAAGCUGUUCUAUAGCGACAGAAUCUUGCUCACGUUCUACAUUUCAGGAACAUUUCAGGAACAUUUCAGGAGAUCCGCUUCCAAAGGACUGAGCCUAACUGUCCUCUUGCAGUAGAUGAUGUAACCUGGAGGGGGGGGGAGGUUUCUAAUCAGAGCAACAGCCUUUGCUUUUCUGUACCAAUGAACUCCUUUAUUUCCUACUAAGAGAUCCUGGUGUGACCUCAGCCAGAGAUGCAGGAAAGUCCAAAGCAGGAGUGCACUGAAACACAUCCAUGUUCGCUGAGCAGGCUCAAUACAGCACAAAUGGUGAAGAAUGGUGGGUUUGCUUGUCAGAACCACUGGGACCUCAAGAGAUAUACCAAAACCAGCCCUUUUUGUCCCAUGUAAGCUGAAGCCCUUCUGAAAAUAACACCCUGAGUUGCAGUAACAGACACAAGCCACUUCCUGUACAAGCAAGAGAACACAUGAUGCAUUGAGGUCAAUAAGCUGGUAUGUUUUUAGGGAAUAGUGGGUCUAGGGGGUGGUAAUGGUUUGUAAAUCCUUUUGCUCUUUUUUUUAAAUGGUCUAAAAAUAAAAUCCAACAAGUUUGGUUUUUUUAAACUUA